AUGAGCCUAGAUUGCUACCAGGCAGCAGUAGUCCGUGCCCAAGCCUGCAGGACGGCUUCAGAAGGAGCAUGUCCAGUGCUGGGAACGGAUGUGACCAUGAACCCCGGUGCCUCCUUGUCUACUUUCACGGCAGUGCCCUUCCCUCCACCCAUUCCUGGCGCCCAGCACCGGCCACCCUGGCAGCAGCACCUGCCACGUCCCAUCACCCCAGCAUUCCCUCCUGGCAGCAGCCUGCUGCUGCCAGCUUUCCCCAGGACGCCUAUGGUGGCUAAUGGUGGCCGUGGCCCCAGUGCCCCUGGGGCUUGCAACCUCACUGUCGAAGUCAGGUCACAAGGGAGGACAGUGGAGGCCCCCCAGACUCAGACAUCUGUCGUUACUCAGGCCCCCCUCAACUGGAGCGCUCCAGGGGCCCUCAGCAGGAGUGCUGCAUGUCCUGCACCCGAAUUCAUAGCAACCCCUGUGAUGGGGACCGUUGUGACUGCUUCAGCUGUUGGAGUUAGGCAGGCUGGCAAGGGAGGCUGGACCCCAGGCUUUCCUCCUCAAGCUCCACCACCAGCUGCCCAGCUGGCCCCUAUCAUUCGCCCAGUGAACUCUGGGCCAUGGCCACAUGGCGCUUCCAGGGAGGGCCGCCUGGCCACCAACCAGUCCAACGCCUCGCAGGAUGGCUCCUCUAACACCCAGAGAGAGUACAGUAACUUCCGACGUUGGCAGCGCUUCAAGCCCCUGGCCCGGAGACACUUUCACCUGAGUCCUGAUGCAGAAGCUUUUUCCUGCUUUCUCAUCCCAGUGCUUCGAUCCGUGGCCCGCCUGAAUCCCAACAUGCCGCUGGAGGAGGGACUGUGGAGGGCCGUGCAGGAAUGGCGGUGCAGAAGCAACCCUGACCGGGUGAUCUACUACGAGAGGGCGGAAAAGUUCAUGGAAUUUGCAGCCGAGGAGGAGAUGCACAUUCAGAAUUUGCAGUGCAUGCAGUGCGCGCAGGACCUGCCUCCUCCAGCCCCACCGAAGCUGGAUCCUCGGGGGCCCCCAGCCCCGGAGGACGACACCUACUUGGACCCGUGUCUCUUGAGCUGCAUUGACGAGCUGCGUUCCCGGGAAGACUCUGUCACCAAGGUGGAGGCAGUCAUUCACCCUCGAUUCCUGGCAGAAUUGUUUUCCCCAGACCCACAGCUGGAUGUCUUGGCCCUUGCUGAGGAGCUGAAGCAGGAGGAAGGACUCACCCCUGAAGAACUGGUGCAGAAACGACUCCUGGACUUGAAAGAGGAGGAAGGUGGGCCUGCAGCCCCGAGCCACAGUGCACCCGGAAUGGGCUCAAGUCCAUCUGAGUCCCACGCCGGCCAAGGUGCCCAGAGGCACGACCAAGACCGCCAUCGAGGGGUCAGUGAUGAAGCCUGCCCACCAGAGAUUGAUUUUGAGGCUCUUCAUAGGCCCAUCCGAGCAGACACUGGCCCGUUCGCGCCCAAAGUCUUUGUUCCCUCUCGAGGACGUCAGGAGGUCUCUCCAUUCCGGGCCGGACGGCCCUCCCCUCCCCAGGGUCAAAGGUGCACUGGCCCUCUACUGGGACCCAGGGAUGCGUCUGUUCUCAGGGAGGCGUCUCCUGUUCCGGAGGCCCGAGGGCCCAGGGACGCGUCCAGUGAGCACGAGGAGGAGCUCCCCAGCCUGGCCCCCCUCUUGGCCUCUCCGCAGAGCCUGCCGCCUUGCUGGCUGUCCCAGAGUCCUGCCCCUGCCUCAGGUCUGGCCUCCCCUGGAGGUUGGGGGUCUCAGAGUGCUCCCCAGGCCCCCUCCCCUCAGAGAAGAGUCCCCAGCCCGGCUCCACCAGCCGCUCCCAAGUCAAGGAAGCGGGCUCUGUGUGGGCGCCCAGCCGCUGCUGAGAAGCUGCCCAUCCCCGGGGCUGGCCACAGGGUCUCUGCGAGGCCAGCCUUGGCUCUGGGGCUGGCUCGCCCCUCACAGCCGGGAAAGAGAAAGCGUGACCUGUUUGUCACAGGGAAGAGGAGGAAGAAGCAGAGGAAGCACUGUAGCCAGUAG